GUAAACUUGUAUUCAUAACUCUUCGCGAACGUUGUUUAUCAUCGGUUAAGUAUUGAUAAGAAUCAAAUUGAUAAAAGAUAUGUGUGCAUAUGUAGGUGUAUAUAUGGUGAGGAGAAGAGAAAAGCAAUAAAUUCCAGUUUAUCCAGCAAUAGCCGAAACAAGCGUUUAACUUGAAUUAGGUAAAAUGAAUAUUUCCUUUGUAGGAAAACAGGCAUUAGUUACUGGAGCCGCUUCAGGAAUAGGGAAAGAAAUAACCCAGAGAUUAGUUCAAUGUAAUGCUAAAGUUAUUGCGGUUGAUAUAAACCCCGAAUUGCUAAAUUCGUUGAAAAGAGAAAUUCCCACGGUUACGCCCCUAGCGUUGGAUCUUUCGAAAUGGGAAAACGUAAACAAUUUAAAUCUAUUAGAAUUAGGCCAUGUUGACUUACUUGUUAAUUGUGCUGGGGUUUGUUUCGAAGAAAAAAUUACUGAAAUAACCGAAAGAAAUGUUGAUAGACAAUUUGAUGUUAAUACAAAGCUCAUAAUCAAUUUGACCCGAAAGGUGGCUUCCGAUCUUAUUUCUCGUAAUGUUCCCGGAUCGAUUGUAAAUAUUUCCUCUCAAGCGUCGAUGGCUGGCAUAGUUCUUCAGUCUGUUUACUGCGCCACGAAAGGUGCUGUGGAUGCAUUUACACGUGCCGCAGCCCUUGAACUUGGUCCCUAUGGUAUUCGGGUCAACAGCGUCAAUCCGACUAUAAUUAUGACUGAAAUGGGACGAAGGGCAUGGUCGGAUCCUGUUAAAUCGGCUCCGAUGUUGGCCAAAAUACCACUGGGAAGAUUUGGUAAAGUCGAAGAAGUAGCAGACGCAGUAAUAUAUCUUCUUAGUGACAGGGCAAGUUUAAUUAACGGGGCUUGUUUACCUGUUGAUGGGGGAUUUUUGGCAAAUUAAAAUAAAUCUAGCGGUAAGUGCAAAUCACAACUAUUAGCUUUCACAACCUUUAAGGUCGUAUUAAUUACUUUUAAAAAUAAAAAAGUAGAAAAAGCGUCCUUAAACAAUUGUAAAUAACUUAGAAGUAACCAUAUAAAUAUCUAAGUUAAGUUGUGGUUAUUAAGUAAUAGUAAAUAAUAAAGAAAUGCUUUAAUUUUGAAAA